UCCAUUCAUUCAUGCGAUCUGCUGCUGCUGCGGGUCAGGAUUUACAAGUGAGUGAGUGAGGAGGACAGUGAUGAGAGCAGAGGGUGAUGUUAGGGAUGGACAGGUGACAGGAUCUGACCUCAUACACAGUGGGGUAUAUAAAGCCAGGGUAGGAACAGAGAGGGGUAUUAAAGCUCAGGGCUUCUGGUCGAUCAGUAGACUGCUCAUCUCCAGCUGAAGCGAUGCUGUGGAAACUGUCACUGUCCUGUGCUCUCCUCCUCACAGUGCUGGAGCCUCUUCUAGGACACCCCAUCGCACACUCGGCCGACAUCAUGUCCUACACGGGGCCUGUGCUGGUAGAGGAGGAUCAGCUGGUCAGCCCAGAGGAACUGUCCUAUUCUGACCAGGCACAUCUGUCCCAGGCCGUCCCCUAUCCAGCCCUCCUCACAGGAGACAUCGACAGAGAAGGUCUCAGAGCAGCCAGCUUUGUCCCCAGCCAAGCAGUGAAAGAGAUCCUGCUGGAGAAACCUUUGCUGAACCCACUGAGCCAUUUCCUGGGUGGCAGGAAGCAGUACCAGAAGAGAGGAGGAAACACAGACUGCUUCUGGAAGUACUGCGUCUGAAAAGAACACACACACACAAACACACACACGGCCUGUCGUACACUUGACACAACAUGAUAUGAGAAAAUGCUAGACUUAUCAAAGGAUCCAGAUGUUCAUACAUUUCUUUUCUACUCUGGUGUUUACACUGGUUUAUCUGACAUAAGUAUGAAAAGUUAUAAAUUGUAUGAAAAACUAUUUAUUGAAUGUGAAUAAAGAAUAAAGUUCUAUGUUUAAAAACUA